GCUACGUUAGUAGGCUAACUUGAUUAUUGAUAGGUAGCAUCUGUGGGUAGAUGGAUUUCAAAGCUUUGCUUUGGUAGUUAUGUUGUUGUAAGAUAGCUAGCUGACGUUAGCUAUUUUGACAAACAAUUUUUCGGUUUACAUGUAGAGUUUUGCAUUGGCUAAAUCUGUCUCAGCUGUUUAUUAGUCAGCAGCAAUGAAGCACUUUCAUCCAUCGAAAUGGACUUCGUCAUGCUGUCACUUGGAACAGGUCAAAACUACGCAAAUAUAGGAACUGAACUUGGAAACAUUUGCUUCUGUUAUUUCAAGAUAAUAAACGACGUCUCUAAGGGCACCAGGUAACUGUAGCAAGCUUUUAGGUCGUGUUAUUCUAAAAAGCUAGCUAGGUAGCCAAACCAACAUAGUUGAUGAGAGCUUUUUGUUGAGUGCAUCACUGUUUGUGAUAGUAAGUGACAAGGUGGGAUAUUUUUUUCAUUAUUUAAACAUAGAUAGAAAGCUGUCAAAUCAGAGAGGAAGAUGAUCAUGCAUUUUCGGAUGUGCUUGGAACUAACGUUACUCAGCAUCAUCAUCUCUCACCACUGCUACCCAUCAAGUUCCAAGGCACUAACGUUAGCUAACAUCAAAUAAGCUUUCUCGUGGGUGGAUCAGCUUUCCCCAAAUCAAAGAAUUCAUCUUACACAUUCACAGUUUGGAGCCAAGACCAUGACAAGGCUUUAACACUUGCGACAGCUAUUCCAAAAAGGACACUAAAAACACAGAUGUUCGUCAGCAAAAUGACUUUGAACCAGUCCAGUCUGUUUGGGCAGGUAGACGAUCUGCAAGAGUUAACGUUCAUCGAAAGACCUAUACGCAGGAGUCUAAAGACUGCUGAAGAGAUAGAGAAGCUGACCGUGGAUGAGGAUUUGAAUGACAUUGAGCGGGCAGUCUACCUCCUCAGCUCAGGUCAGGAUGUCCAGAGAGCCAGUGUAAUCAUCAACCUGCCAAACCUGGUGCGUCAGAAUCCAGCAGAGACCUUCCGACGGGUAGUGCCAAAAGUUCGGGAAGUACUUCAUGUAGCCGGGGCAGACAUGCAGCUGGCGGCGGCAGGCUCCUUCCUGACCUUGCUCCAGGAUGACAUUGUCCUCAUCCAGACGCACACCCACUCCAUCCUACAGAUCGUUCUACUUAACCUGGACCACCGCGAUGCAGUGGUGAGCAACGCAUGGCUGGAAACGUUGCUGUCUGCAAUCGAUGCUUUACCAAAGGAAACCAUCAGACAGGAGAUCCUCAGCCCGCUUGUGUCCAAAGCUCAGCUGUCGCAGUCCCUGCAGGCCCGUUUAGCCAGCUGUCGUAUCCUGGGGAAGGUGGCCUGCAAGUUUGAGUCUCCCAUAGUGAAGAAGGACCUCCUGCCCCUGGUGAGGUCCCUGUGCCAGGACGUGGAGUACGAGGUGCGCUCCUGCAUGUGUCGCCAGCUGGAGAACAUCGCCAGAGGAAUCGGACUGGACCACACCAAGGCGGCAGUGCUGCCUGAGCUCGUAGAGUUGGCUCGGGACGAGGGGAGCACGGUGCGCCUGGCCGCCUUCGACACCAUCAUUAACCUGCUGGAGAUGUUCGACAGUGACGACAGGACGCGUGUUAUCUUUCCGCUGGUGAAGACGUUCUGUGAAAAGUGCUUUAAAGCUGACGAGGCGGUGCUGGCUUCGCUGUCGUUUCAGUACGGCAAGCUCUGUCACGGACUCUCAGCGUCUUUCACGGAGGAGCAGCACCUGUGGUUCCUGGAGUUCUAUAAGAAGCUGUGUGUACUGGGCCUGCAGCAUGAAAACGGCCACUCGGACAACCAGGUCUACCCGCUGGAGCUGGAGAGCAAGUACGCCCUGGUGCGACACAAUUGCGCCUACAACUUCCCUGCCAUGGUGUUAUUCGCUGACCCCAACCACUUCCUGACGGAGCUUUACCCCACCUUCUCCAGUCUGUGUCAUGACCCCGAGAUCACGGUGCGACGCACAGUGGCCGAGGGCUUCCACGAGGUUGUCAAGCUGUUGGGCCCCAAUGUCCACUUCAUUCACAAGGAGCUGGUUGUGUUACUGCAGGACGACUCACUUGAGGUAUUAGAUGCGUUGCUAAGCCACCUUCAGGAGACUCUGGAGUUGGCCACAUCGAGAGGAGAAGGGCCAGGACCCGAGAGCAAGCAGGCGAACGUCCCCGACCUGGUCCCGGCGCUGGCGGCGGCCGAGCAGAAGGCUGCCUUGUCGCUCCGCUGGCGGGUGCAUGAGAGACUGCUGCAACGCUACGCCUGCCUGCCCCGCGUUGUCUCCGCUGACCAGAUCUACUUCCGCUUCCUGCAGAGGAUGUUCGCCAUCGUCACCACCAACAACGUUCUCCCAGUCCAGAGAGAGGCGGCCAGGACGCUGUGUAUGUUCCUACGCUACAACCGCAAGCAGGAGCAGCGGCAAGAGAUCAUCGGCAAAGUGCUGCAAGAGCUUGCUCAGGGCAGAAGUUACUGGAACAGGCUUCGCUACCUGGACCUGUGUGAGAUUGCCAUGGAGCUGUUCUCCAAGGCCUACUUCUGCAAACACUUCCUCAUCCAGGCCCUGGAGCUGGUCAAUGACCCCGUAGCCAACGUCAGGUAUAAGCUGUGCCACAUGCUGCCCAGGCUGAGGUCCACCAUCAGGCUGCCUGCAGACAAACACCUCCUGCAACAGCUGGAGUUCUGUGUCCGCAAGCUACUCUGUCGGGAGAAGGACAAGGAUGUGGUUGCCACCGUUCGCAAGACCGUGCUGGAAUUGGACAAAAUGGACAUCACAGAACCUUACCAUAAGAGACACGAGAGAGAUCUACUAGACCAGAAGAAAGAGAAGGAAGAGACACUACUACUGGAGAUGGAACAGCUAGAGCGACAACAGAGCGAAGCCAAGCUCACCAGUGAAAAACACACUGAAAAGAAACGGAGGGACAGUAAGACAGGUUUGUCAGGGACCAAGGGCCUGUCUGGAUCCACGUCCGGGGCCACUUUGUCCACCUCCUCCGGUAAAGAGUUGAGGAAGGCCAAACUGGCACGGAGUCGGUCGCUUAGCAGCCAUCCUACUACACCCAAGAUGGCUAAUCCGGACAAAACUCUAAAGGUCAAGGAUUCAGGAAGCUGUCCUGGAAAAGGGAAGAACUCUAUGCUUCCUAUGAAUGGUCACCUCAACACUUCGUCUGUCACAUCAUCCAUCACCUCAUCACUUCCUGUGUGUGUUGCAGCGGACGAGGCACUGCGGUCGCACCACUUCAGCGUGGCGGCAGCGUCGUCAGUGCUGUCCCAGACCCCCUCGGCUUCCUCCAUGCCCGUCCUGAUCCGCAGCAACACCACAAACACCCUGGUGGACCACCCGCACCAACACCAGCACCGCAGCAGCACCCUGGACCACCGCACCACCAACGGGGGCAAGGACACCCAGUCCAGAAAACUCUCCAUACAAAGGAAGUCCAACUCUUUCGGUAUGCAGUCGGGGAGGGAGUGAAGCUGGCUAUAUUGGGGCGAUGACAGACCCCUUAGUCCCCCGGCGAUGACCUUGAGGUCCUCAAGAUCAAGCCUUUGGGAAGAACCGGGUGGCCACGACCACUACACCCCUGCUCCGAUGGUCAUCCUCCUUCAUCUAUCUCAAGUUGUCAAAAGUGUGCAUCUGUCCUCCCCCUGCUUCAUGUUCCAAAUGACAAACAAAACCUAAUAAACACUUCAACAUUGGCUCGCGGGGGAAAGACGUCCGGAGUCUUAAUUGCACCAAUGGGAAACAGAACAGACAUCAAACCCAUCUCUGCCUUAUUCUACAAAUACUCGUAACUCGUUCCAUUUGACAAAAAAUAAGUAAUUCCAAACAAAAUAUGUAACAGUAUGCAUUUUAUUUGUACCUUUAUUUAUUGGCAAUUUCUUUCUGUAUUAUAGCAUGCUUUGCAUAGUCUCUUCUCUUAUGUUUUAUAUUUUCCCAAAUGGCUAUUGAAGAAAAAAAACUCACUGUUUUUAUGACUAUACGAUCCACCACCUUUUCCAACACUUGUGAUUGGUACCGGAAUUUCUCCAUCCCACCAAUGAGAUUGUGCCUGGUGCCUCUGAAGCGCCUGAGUGAUCCGCCCAUGCCAACCCUCACCACCCAAUCAAUAAAACCUGUGUUGAAUAUGUGA